UUUGACGUACUAAAUUUCAACGUUUCCUGCCUUCACUUACCACGAAGCCCCUGUCGUCUAUUUAUACCCUCGACUUCCCACCUCUGUUUCCUCCAGCUUCUAUCCGAGACUCACCCUCACCUCAAAAACAAUUCCGGAUUCCCCGCGAAUACCCUUCAACAGAUCCUCAAAAUGUCUGCAACGAUGCUCACUUUCCAGAGCAACGAUGGGGUUGAGAUCACUAUCGCCCGCGAUGUUGCCGAACGCUCUGUUCUGAUUAAGAACAUGCUCGAGGAUCUUGGUGAUACGGAUGAAGCCAUCCCUAUCCCCAAUGUCAAUGAAGCUGUCCUGAGGAAGGUCAUUGAAUGGUGCGAGCACCACAAGGGCGACCCCCCCAGCACCGGUGACGACGACGACUCGCGCCGUAAGACCACUGACAUCGAUGAGUGGGAUCAGAAGUUCAUGCAGGUCGAUCAAGAGAUGCUGUUCGAAAUUAUCUUGGCCGCGAACUACCUCGAUAUCAAGGGUCUGCUGGAUGUUGGCUGCAAGACCGUCGCCAACAUGAUCAAGGGCAAGUCUCCCGAAGAGAUUCGCAAGACUUUCAACAUUCAGAAUGAUUUCACUCCUGAGGAGGAGGACCAGAUCCGCCGGGAGAACGAGUGGGCUGAAGAUCGCUAAAUUGGUGUCACUGGUCAGCGGCGCUGCAUAUCUUCUAAGGAUCGCAGGCUCGCUAUGGGAAAUGUGGUCUCCGUGAAGAUAAGCAUCCUCAACGAUGUUUUGGCCUGAUACACCUUAUAUGCUCUCCAGUUGCUGCAGUUCCCGGCGUUCGGUUCUCGCUUUUUCAUGUCAGCGCAUGGUUGUUUUUGUUUCCUUUUUGUCCUACUGGUCCUGGACCAUUGUCUAGAGGCAACAGUGGGAUAUAUCUUAAUCAAGUAGCUGAAAUACAAACUUUACUAUGA